UAAGAUUUAAGGAUUUGGACUUGGCUAAGACAGUAAAAUGUUUGGUUAGAAUUAAAAAUUUUUUUGACCUGUAAAAAGUGAAAGAAAGAAACGUAAUGUCAAUCAAUGGCGUGUUAGGUGUUUUGGUUUGUUUGAUGUGCCCAAUAAUCUUCUCAACUGCAUCAUCAUAUUCAGCUUCGUUUUAUGGAAACAGCUUUUUGUUCGAACGCCUAUCUGACAACUCUGCUGAUACUACGUUAUCAUUGCAAUUUCAAACAAGGGCGUUGAAUGGUGUUAUUUUAAUUGCUGCUGGACAAACAGAUUAUUUGAUUGUAUGUCUGAGAAAAGGCAGACUAGAAAUACGAAUUAAGACUGGACAAAAAGAAGAAAUAUUUUGGACUCCUGCUGGAGUAAAAUACAACAACUUACUCUGGCAUGAAGUUCAAUUGAUACGUGUUGAUAAAACAAUCAAUGUUGAUGUUAAUAGAAAGAAUGUUCUCACAAAAUCUCUUUCAUUGAAUAACACUGAAGAUUAUUUGAAUAUUGAUCUUGGAGUUUUCUUAGGUGGAUAUGAUUCCAACAUAGGUGCUGCACUUGUACCAGAGCAACCAUUUUUUCGUGGUUGUAUUCUCAGUGCCUUGUAUAAUGGUGUUGAUGUAUUAGAUCCCAUUAUGAAUGUUCACAACCAUAAAAUUGUUCAUAAUGUGUAUGCAGGUUGUUCUAAAAUUUUUCGAGCGCGUCCGAAUGAACCGUUGUCAUUCACUUCAUCCAAUGCUUUCCUAUCUCUACCGCAAUGGACCAGAUCUAACAAAGCUAUGUUUGAAUGUCAGAUUAAAACCAGAGGAAAACAUGGACUUAUUUUAUUUAACUCUGGUUCUGAGGAGCAUGAGUUUGUUGGAAUAGAAAUGUCCAAUGGUAGAAUUGGCGUUUCGCUAAAUACAGGUGAAGGUGUGUUUGGUCUUCAAUCAAAUCAGUUUGUUAAUGAUGGGAAGUGGCACAGAUUAAGAUUAAAAAUUACAUUGAGUUUGAUUGAAAUUCGAGUUGAUACAAACAGAACUAAAAUUUUACUGGGCCAAGAGCAUUCUAGUACAGAUAACUUAUUGAACAUGAUGGGCUUAAAUGGACCUCUGUACAUAGCUGGUGUGGAUAGUGUGAUUAAACACAGAGCUUUGUUCACUGGAAUGAACUUGGCUUCAUUUCCUGGUUGUAUAAAAAGUGUCAGAGUUAAUAUGAUGAGAAAGACAGCUAAGGAUUACUUGACAACAAAUGCUGUGAGUGUUGGUUGUUCACUAAAUAGCUCCUUGUUAUACACACAACCUGAACUACCUGCAAUACCAACCUUUGUUAUUGUUCCAUCACCUUCAAAACCAGAACACAAACAAAAAACAUUGGGCAUAGACAGACUAUAUCAAUCCAUAUGCUAUAAACAGACCAUACACAACAUGAGCUUAUUUGAAGGUGGCACUUCUAAUAUUUCGCAAGAUCUUAUCCAACUUCAAUUGCUUAGCAACAGCAAUAAAAGAAUAAGAAAUAACAAUGUGUUCAAUUUCUUAACGUUUAAUCUCACUGUUCCACCACAUCAUGGAAAAUUAUUUAAACAUGGAAAUAUUUUACAACCUGGAAAUGCAAUUCCAAUGCAAGAUAUUCAAGAAGGAAGUGUUGUUUAUGUUCAUGAUGGUUCAGAAACUUUACUAGAUCAUUUCAACUUUACAGUGGGUACAGUUGGUUUGAAUACAACUUUGAAGGAUUUAAAGAAAUAUCAUCUGUGCUCAGUUGAGCAUGACAUAGUUGAUAAUUCUACCCAAUAUUCACUUUACAUUGAAAUUCAACCAGUAAAUGAUGCUCCGGUGCUUACAAUACCACCUGACUAUACUUUCACACCGAUAAAACAUUCAAAAACUCCACUACCUGGUGCAAUCUUAAAAGCUACAGACCAUGACAGCAAGCCUGCGGACAUAAUAUAUCAUAUGGUGGUUAUUGGGAGUGGAUUAUACAUUGAAAAUCGUAUGAGCACUGGUCGGCCAAUCGAACAGUUCACACAACAGGAUUUGGACCAAGGUCAAAUAUAUUUUGUCCACGCUGGUGGUCCAGAUCGAAUAAGAUUGCUUAUACAAGUUUCCAACAAAAAUUCAACAUUUUUACUGAGCACUACUACUUCUGUACUGAGGGUUUCGGCAAGACCUUUAACAAUUUCAGUAUUUAGAAACACUGGUAUUGCAUUAGUUGAAGGAGAGUCUAAAGUUUUAACUCUUAGUCAUCUAAAUGUUUCAACAAAUGCUGGCAAAUCUGAAGUGGAAAUCAACUAUAACAUUGUAACCAGUCCGACAUAUGGACAAAUCCAGAUACUUAGUGGCGACAAAACUGAUGAUCUUACUCAUCUUGUGUGGAAUUUUGCUUCACAUUUUACACAAUCUGAUCUCAAAAGUAGUCGUGUUCGCUAUCUUAAUGUUGAGUUUCCGAAUACAGACAUGACGGACACCUUAGACAGGUUUUUAUACACUGUCUCAGCUGCUGGAGUUACUAGCGACACUAAAGUGUUUAACAUCACCUUAAUAAAAGUUGUUGUUACUAUUACCACUACUGCAGUGGUUAUUGAUGAAGGCAACACUGGGUUUUUAUUAACAACUAAUUUGUUGAAUGUUAGUUUGUCUGGUAUACAUGAUGUGUCCAAUGAGGAAAUACAGUUUGUUUUGCAAAGUGAUUUGUCAUAUGGUAGUCUAGUGUAUGGAGACACUGGUUUAACUCUAUCUUACGGUGACUACUUUACAUUGGGUGAGGUGACGCAAGGUCAACUACAUUAUGAAUUAUAUUCAAGGCAUAUCAACUCGCAGGAACACCUUUUUGAUCAUUUUGAGCUUCAUGCUAUUGUCCGUGGCAGAUACAAUUCCUUACCAAUAACUUUUAAUAUAACAUAUAUACCAGAUACAAAGUCUGUCAAGAUUACUUCAAAUGUAUUACAAAUAGAUGAGGGAGGUGAACAGACAAUAAAUAGGGAUUUACUUUUUGCUGAAACAUUACUACACCAUCAGUUUGCAUUUGUGGUUUAUCAAGGCCCAACACAUGGUUCACUUUUACUCAACUCUCCAAGCAGUCUGCGUAUAAAUGUUACAAGUUUUACCACAAGAGAUAUAAUAGAUCGGCGAUUGAAAUACAGACAUGAUGGCAGUGAAUUUGCGAGCGACUUCUUUCAUUUUACUGUUCAACCUUUCUUUGAUGGUGAACUGCCAGAAAAACUAAGUUCAGUUGAAAAUGUUACCAGGAAUGAAGUAUUUAACAUUUCCAUAUCACUUAUAAAUGAUAAUUCACCGGUAAGAAUGAUAAACAAGCCAUUUGAUAUUUUGAGACACUUUGAGAGGUUGAUUACUAGUUACGAUAUUUGGUAUCACGAUCCAGAUCUUACUGAUAAUGAUCUUGAUUUGAAGUAUGUUCGUCGAGGGAUAUCAAAUGGUGAUAUUGUUAACGCUACAUCCAGAAAAAAGAUAUUUGAGUUCACACAAAGGGAUAUCGUUUCAAACCAAGUUUUGUUCCGCCAUCGCGGUCGAGAUUUUGGUCGUUUUGUUUUUUGGGUGAAAGAUGGAAAACAUUUUGCAACAGGCCUGUUUGUUGUCAUAGCAUCACCUGCCUUUGUACACAUCACAAACAACACGCAAUUGUUGGCAAAAAAAUCGGAAAAUACAACAGUAUCAUCUGUUAAUAUAAAUACCAGAAACAAUGUGGAUUCUCAGCCAUCUCAUAUUAUAUACAGAAUAACAGAGGCAGCAAAACAUGGAAAAAUAAUUGUUACAACACCAGGCAUGUCUACUAAUACUUUCACACAGCAUGAUAUUAAUGAAGGGAAAGUUAUAUACGCACAUGAUGGCUCAUCAAAUGGUAAAGACAGAUUUGGAUUCUCUGUUCAAGUUGGUGCAGCUACUACAAAUGGAAAUGUAGCUAUCCGCAUAUUUACUGCAAGUCAACAGCGCCCACCAGUGAUUAAAAAGAACGAAGUAUUAAUUGUUGAGGAAGGAGGGGUUGUUCAGAUUAAGCGAUCAGAUUUACGUGCUGCCCACUCUGCUGUGAGAACAAAGGAAUUAAUAUUUCAAGUUACAAGUUCUCCUGUGGUUGGGAUUUUGGUUGUAAAUCAGAAUAACAACAAUCUGACUUUAAAUGCAUCAAGCUUCAGUCAAUGGGAUAUAAAUCAUGGUUUUGUAAGAUACCAGCAAAACAAGAAUAUUUCUUAUCAAGAAAAUCCUAUGGAUAGAAUCAUAUUUACUGUUACUAAUGGAAUUCUCAGCCUUACUAAUGUUGUUAUGAGCAUAGAUAUUAUACCAUAUGCAAUUCCAUUAAGAAGUGGCAAUUUCUCUGUUGAUGAAGGCAUGUCGGGAAUUUUAAUCGAAGACUAUCUUUCUGUGGAUAAUCAGCAUUUUAUUAGCAAUGAUAUUAAUAUUGAUGUUGUCAUGCAACCAAUGCAUGGUCAGCUUGAAUCUACACGUAAUGCUGGUAUCGCCCUGCAACAAUUUUCACUACGAUUAGUUGUGGCUGAGUUUGUGUAUUAUGUACAUGAUGGUAGCGAUACAAUCUUGGAUAAAUAUCAGUUACAAGCAUCCUUAUCAGAUGGAACAAGAAAGAGUCACGUGGUUACCACUUACAUCUCAAUCAUACCUGAUAAUGAUCAAACACCCUGGGUUGUUAAUAAUACUGGAAUGCAGGUGUGGGUGAACUCAACUUCGCUGUUAACUAACAAUCAUCUAGCUGCAUUAGAUCUGGAUACACCAUCUGCGUAUUUAUUUUAUAACAUUCUACCCCCUCAUAAUGGAUAUUUAUCACUGAUAACCAAACCAUACCAACCUGUUGUUAACUUCACACAAGCUCAUAUUGAUAAUGAACAACUUUAUUUCGUACAUACAGGUGCUUAUACGGGUGGCUUCACUUUCCAAGUAAAUGAUGGUCUUAACUAUGACGUGAAACAUAUAUUUGUUAUUCAGGCUCAACCUCUUGUUAUCAGUAUCACUGGGGAAUUGAAAAUGCAGAUUUUCCCAAACACCACAAGUGAAGUAUCUUCAAGUGUGUUACAUGGGCUUACAAAUGAUAAUUCAAACGAUCGUAUGGUCACUUUUAAUAUUACGAGACUACCCAACAUGGGAAGAAUACUUAAAGUCAUUAAUCAUAUGCAAAACACAACAGGCCCUACAACAGACAGCAAUCAUUUACCUAAUUUAGUUGAAGUAACUACUUUCACACAACAAGACAUAAACAUGAACCUAAUCAUGUAUCAACAGACUACUACAUUGAAUACAUGGAGUGUAGUAGAUACAGUAGAGAUAAAGGCAUCCUCACAGCCAGCAAGAAAUAUCAAAAAUAUUGAACUGUUAUUCAACAUAUCUUAUGACGCUUAUCAACUUGCUAAUAUGAAAAGCCCCAUACAGAUUAAUAAAGGUGCCAGUGUACUGGAAGGUGGUCAUGUGGAUUUGACUUCACAUAAUUUAGAUGCACGGAAUUUAUUCAAUCAAAUAAACAACAAGAAAAAUCAAUAUAAAUUAAGGUACAAGGUCCUAUCUUUACCCAUGUAUGGCACAAUCAAUGUUAAUAAUGAAAGAAUAACUGAAGUGAACAUAUCAUUCACACAUGAAGAUUUAUCUAAACAUGUUGUUACAUAUUCACAUGAUGACAGCGAACAUUUUCAUGACAAAUUCAGUUUCACAGCUUAUUUAUUGAAAAGUGGUAAACAUUGUGGCAUUCAAUUAUAUGAUGAGUUUAAUAUUGCGAUCAUGCCAGUCAAUGACAAUCCACCAGAAAUUAUCACCAAAGCUCCUUUUAUGCAGGUUGUACAAGGUUUUGUUAAAGCUUUAGGUCGAGAUAAUUUAGUCGCAAAAGAUAUUGAUAAUCCACCAAGUGAUAUAACGUAUGUUAUUAUACGACCACCAACAUAUGGACAAGUCAUGUAUGUUGGUGAUACUGCUACUACUAACAUUGAUUCCUUCACACAAGAUGAUGUUAAUCAUGGUAGAAUAUUGUUUAAACAAAAUGAAAUUGCUGCCAAGUCUUUACAACCAGGUCACGAUGGUGUAUUGACGGAUGCAUUUUACUUUAGUUUAAGUGAUGGAUUCCAUAGACCUUCUUAUACUUUAUUCAGGAUUAAGAUUGUGCCAGUUGUGAUAAAUAUGAGCAUAUCCACACUGAUGUUGGAACAAGGUACACUAAAUGCCCCUAUCACAUCACAAAUUAUAAAUGCAACAACUAAUGGAGAUUUUGAGUUUGUGCAAUUUGUAGUUGUGGAACCACCACAAAGUGGUGUGCUGAUGAUGGAUAAUCAUGAGAUCACCGAGUUCAAAAUGUCUAAUAUUUCUACUGCUCAUGUAAUGUUUUUCAUGAAUGAUGUUUCUUAUGAGAAAGAUGAUAUGAUAAUCAUGAUGAUAUACAAUAAUAGUAGAAUCAGUUCUUUAAAUGUUAGCUGCACACUCAGUAUAGUUGUCACACCACUUGUAACUAUGGGAAGUUUUAAAGUUACCGCUGGCGACAACAAAGUGAUAACAUUGGAUGUGUUGGACGCAAGUCAACUUGCUAACACCACACAUUCACUUCCAUUUUAUGAGGUUACUCAACCACCGAGAUUCUCUACUAUAGAUGUCAAUGUUGUAAAUCAAUACACAUCAUAUGGAGAUUCAACAAGACGUAGCCGACGUUCAACAUCAUAUUUAACUUUUACACACAAUGAUAUAGUUGCUGGUCAUGUGGUUAUUAAUACUGACAAUGUCCAAUCUAACACCACCCUAAAAGAUAAAUUUCAAUACAGAUUACAAGUCGAAGAUGGUUCAGUUCAGCCAGCUACUGCACAAUUUGUAUUUACAAUCACAUCUAAGAAUGAAACUUUGCUUGAAGAAACACCCACUACCCCAGAAACAAGAACAACUGAUGCACAAACUGUUGCUCACACAAGUCUUACAAGUUCUCCUACAACCAAUCAACCAGUUUCUACCACCACCACCACCACCACCACCACCACCACCACCCAACAGGAACAAGCUACUACUCCAUCUACACUUAGUUCUAUGCAUAAGGUUGUUAUGGAAGAUGACAGCAGAAUUUCAUGGCUGAUUCCUUUAAUUAUUGGAGUAUGUUUAGUCCUGUUUAUUCUGAUAAUUGCACUUGUUGUGUGUUGUCGUCGUUUAAAUUCCAAAAAAGGGCCGGCAUUUGUAAAAGGGGAAGAAAGUACGUUGAAUCCAUCACAGCAAACUGCACAGCCACCACCGCAACCAUCACAAUUAUCUAUAGAUGCCACAACUUGUGUAAAAGUUACAUCAUGUCCUGGAUUGGUAAAGUCUGCAAAAUGUCCAACAGCAGAAGUGGUGGUUACUCCUAUCACCAAGUUACCCAACAAUACAAACAGUGAUGUAAUAGGACAGGGUUAUUAUGAAGAUCAUUUAUCAAACUCGAUGCCGCAUGAAAGUUUAUUAGCACAUGGUGUGUUGUCAAACAGAGAUGUUUAUAUUGGGGGAAAACUUACAACUGAAUCAGCUGUUGAUACAGACACAGAUAUGCAAGAUAUGUAUUCAUCUGAUGAUAGCAUGUUAUCAAAUGAUGAUAAUUAUCAGCAUAAACAAAGCAUGACAUCAUCGUUGGGAUCUUUACACAUACCUCACAGCGCACGAGGAUUUAGUACACCUGCUUCUCAAGUCAAACAAUAUUGGGUCUGAAUUCUCCAUUUUGAUGGUUUUUGGCUAACUCUGGCCUAAGUCCCAGGUUCCAUUGCGUACCAGGCUGUAGGCCACCUAUACCCUACCUACAGAGUAGAAUAGACUUUUUCUAUACUUUUUACCUCCUGUAUAAUAUUAUGUUUUUUCUGCAUAAAUAAACUAAUAUAUAUAAUUUUAUUAGCCCUUAUUUUGUAUUUGCAUUCGAUGUAAAUCGUAUAUUUUUAUACAUACUUCAAUGACAAUUUUACCUAUACUGAUAUGCACUAACAGACUGUGUUAUCUUACAUCAUAUAGUUUUCCCUUUCUUGCAUUAUCAAUAUUUAAAGUAUAUUAUUACAAUCUGCCCAAACAGACAAUCAGGGUUUACUAGUAUAACUUACUGCAAUAUGUUAUUUAGAACAAGCAGUAUUGGUGCACUAGCAACCUUAGAAGUGUAAUAACUAUAUUAUAUAAACGAGACUGUCCCUUCAUUAUUUUUAAGGCAAGGUUUACAUUGCACAAACCUGUCAAAUGUCGCAUGUUUUUAUUAAUGUUUAAGUUAGGCAUGUUUAAUUCGGUGUCUUUUUUUAUAUUUUUUGAAAUGAAAUUUCAGCAUGUGUGUGGUUGUGUGUUUUUAAUUUAGGCUUUCUGUAAAUAUAUGAUAAACUUCAUUUUAAUUUUACGAGUUUAAUAAACUAAUUUUCAGGCACAA